CGUUCAGCCGUCUAUUAAGGAGGGCGGGCACACUGGGCUUUGUCAGAAGUUGGUCCUCACUGAAGUUUUCCACGCUGCUCCACCGCGCCCUCUGCUGUCCGGGACGGGACGUUUCCCGCAUCCUUGUUUUCCUCUUGAGGCGAGUUCAUGUUAACAGCACAGAACUGAACUCCAGAUGGAAUACUUCCUUCUAGAAACUAACUGGUGGCCGUUUUAUCAUGCAUGAUGGCUCAGAAUUUCAGGAAAGAUUUUUUUAGGGAGGGGAAACUCCCUGUUGUGUGAGUCUGUGUGUUGGAGUGAAACUGGCAGGUUUGGAUGACACCCUCGGGCCCCUCCGCCUGGGCUUGUGGGUCUGUCACUCCAACUGGCUUCGAGUGGAGAUGGGGUAUCUGGGGGAGAGUCCCAGAGAGAAUACAAGGAAGGAGGAGCCCAGAGAGAGGGCAGAGGCAUCUUUAAAGUCCCGGGUCUUUCUGUCCAGGCAUCGUGUCUACAGGUCGUUUGCCCACGAGGGACAGCGGGACACAGUGUCUUCAAUGGCUUCAUUGGUGGCUUAUGAUGACUCAGACUCCGAGGCUGAGAGCGAGCCUGCGGGAAGCUUUGCUGCCGCUGGCCAGAGGAAGGACUCUUGUGUUACGGUUGAACCUCGUGGCCAGGCUUUCGCAUCGGGAGUCCUGGACGGGACAGGAGGCACACUGCCCACAAAGCACGGCUCCUGUGAAGACCCAGCCGGCCAGCGUCUCCCACUGGCUCGGCUCUGGAGGAGCGACCCAGGAUCUUGCCCCAGCCAGAGGCUACAGUGGCCCAGGACAGAGCCCGACGUCACCUUCCCCACAAGCGAGCCUCCUCGUCCUUCCCUGUGGACCAGCCACGCUCCCGCUGGCCAUGUGCCCCGGGCCGCCGCCUGCUUGAAGCAGGUGAGACUCUCCUGGGGAACUUACGACCCCCCCGAGCCACCUUUCGGUGCCCAACCCAAACCUGAGACCCCGGGGAAGAGUGGCAGCUCUCUUCAGAAGAAAAGGCGAGAGGACUGUAUUGUGCCCUACACCCCGAAGAGACUGCGACGCUCGCAAGCAUUAAGCACAGAAACAGGCAAGAACAAAGAUGCGGAGGCCCGGGGCCCCUCUCUGCGUGCCCCGCGCCCUCUGUGCACAGCCCCCCAAGUGUCCGAGUACAUCCAGCCGUACCUGGGCACCCCGUACAAGGAAACCCAGAUAUCCCAGAAGGUGCUCUUCCACCUGCAUGGCCACAAGGGCCCCGUCAGCAGCAUCCAGUGGUGCCCUGUCUUUUCAAAGAGCCACAUGUUCCUCUCGGCUUCUCUGGAUAAAACCUUCAAGGUGUGGAACGCGGUGGACUCGGGGAGAUGCCUGCAGACCUACUCUCUGCACAGUGAGGCGGUGCGGGCUGCUCGGUGGUCUCCCUGCGGCCAGCGCAUCCUCAGCGGUGGCUUCGACUGCGCUCUGCACCUCACAGACCUUGAAACAGGAACCCAGGUAUUCAGCGGUCAGAGUAACUUCAGAGUCACUACCUUGAAAUUCCAUCCGAAAGACCACAACCUUUUUGUGUGUGGGGGCUUCAGCUCUGAGGUCAAAGCCUGGGAUGUGAGGGCCGGCAAGGUGGUGAGAAGCUACAAGGCGACCAUCCAGCAGACCUUGGACAUCCUCUUCCUCCAGGAAGGCUCUGAGUUUCUGAGCAGCACAGAUGCUUCGAGCCGGGACUCUGCCGAUCGUACCAUCAUCGCCUGGGAUUUCCGGAGCUCCGCCAAAAUCUCCAACCAGAUCUUCCAUGAGAGGUACACCUGCCCCAGCCUGGCCUUGCACCCGCGGGAGCCCGUGUUCCUGGCCCAGACCAAUGGCAACUACCUGGCCCUCUUCUCCGCCGUGUGGCCCUACCGGAUGAGCAGAAGGCGGCGCUACGAAGGGCACAAGGUUUAG